CUGAAGUCUGAAGUCUCGAGUCCCCAAUUCGCGGAAGGCCCGCACCACAAUCGAACUCAGUUGUGGUGAGCAAAUUGGACUACAUACGCCAUGGAAACGGGGCUGCAGGGGCGAGGACUUGCCUUCGCGCAAACCGGUGCAGCUUGCCCAGGACGCCCUGUGCGGCCUUCGUGGCCUUCUGCCGCCGGUUCUGGGGCUCAAGUGCACUGGACUACGCCAUGGAGCUUUGGGAUCCGCAGUCCAGCGCUCUGCGUGAACGCUGCAUCCAGAAUCGCAAGUUCCGGAGCUGGCGCCGACACAAGGAGCCGAACCGACAGUGGCACAACAGCACAAGCACAGGGCCAGCGCAUUGAGCGGCGUGGACCAGCCGCUUUGCUGGAUUCAUUGCCCACUCAGGCGCCUGAGGCAACCACCUCGGCCCCCGGAACUCGCCAGCCGCAGCCCGCUCACACGCUCACCACCUCCCCCGAGCUGUUGCGUCGGCGCCACGAGCAGCUGGCGGCGGCUCAGAACCUGACGCGCCAGCUGUCCAGCGCCGCGAGCGUGGCCGAGGCGAGGGAGCUGUUCGCUGCGCACGGGGAGCGCUUCAAUGGCAUCCACUGGUCCGCCCUGCUCACCCAACUCGCGCGCCUGGACGCAGGCGCCGUGGCGCCCGCCCAUCCUCGGGGGCUGCAGGCCGCCGCCGCGCUCACAUCAACCAGUUGCAGUUACAGCGUAAGCGAUAUCAUAGCGUCGCAGCCAGCCACGCGCGUGCGUCUGCAAGCGCAUCACCCGGAUGGGCACCUACCUGCCCCAGCCGCCCCGCCCGCUGCGCCGCGCCUGGCCGGCUCCCACCGCCCGCUCACACCCCGCCAGCGCUCCGAGCUGCGUGAGCUGGUGUCCCAGCAACUGCUGCCGCGCCUGGGCCUCAGCCUGAUGGGCCUGGCGCCGCGGCAGCUGGCGGCGGUGUUGGCGGCGCUGGCAGAGCUGGCGCUGCCGCCGCCGGCGUUUUGGAUGGACGAGUGGCUGCAGCACUUUGGCCGGAGGCUGGAGGCAGCGACGCCGGUGGCGACGCCUUCAGCGGCGGUGGGUGGGAGCGUGGAGGCGGAGGCACGUAGUGGGGGUGGAGCCGGGAGUGAGGGGGUCGCGGCGGCAGCUGUGUCGCGUCCGCGGUCGCAGCUGCAGCCGCAGCGGCCCAACACGUGCGACAUUGCACAGGCGAUGUGGGCGCUGGCACGGCUGCGGGGAAUGCAGUCAGACAGCGGCGCCGCGGCGGCAGAGUUGAGUCAGGGAGUCGAAGCGGCAGACCCGCCUGACGCCAGCACCGCCAGCCUGUUUGCCUCCAGCACAACCUCUGCCACGGGCCGGGCCUCUAGCCCACUGCCUGACACAAGCAGCUCCAGCAGUAGCAGCAGCGACAACAGCAACAACAACAGCGGCUCUGGUGGCGGUGCUGGUGGCGGCGGUCCCAGCCUGGUGUGGCUGGACUCAGCGGCCGCCGCCUUCGCCGCUGCCGCGUCCGCCGCCGCGCCGCGCGAGUUGUCCGGCUACCUGGCGGCGGCGGCGCGGCUGGGGUACCGCCCGCCAGCGUCGGCCAUGGCGGCGAUUCUGGGCCGGUGUGCGGCGCUGAUGCGGCACGAGCUGGGGGCGGAGGCCGAGGCAGCCGUUGUGGCGGAGCGGGCGGCUCGCAGCCGCCGUGAUGAGGAGUCGUUCGGGCCGCGUGAGCUGAGCGGCGUGUUGUGGGCACUGGCGACAUUGGGAUUCAACCCGGGCGCGGCCUGGCUUGGGCUGGCGGACCGGCUGCUGCUGAGGCUCGCUGGGGGCGAGGAGGAGCGUGGUGAAGGCAAGUGCAGAGAGGCAGGCGGGGCGGCUAGCAGCAUGACGGCGGCGGCUCAGGCCCAGCUAGCUCCUGAGAUGCAGGUCCAGCAGCAUCAACAGCAGCAGCAGGUCGUGCUAAUUGAGAAGGACGAGAACGCCAGCGCACUGCCGCGGCACGACCCUCAAAGCGCUACCAGCACGACACCUCCCUCGCAACCUGCUGCCGACCCGUCAGACUGGUGGGGCGAGCACUUCGCGUACGCCGGCGGCGCUGCUUGCCUCCCCACGGCCGCCAGUUCCGUUGUGGAGCCACCCAAGGCACAGUCGCCACAGCUGCGGGGCCGCACAUUGCAGCCGCCAUGGGUGCUACUCGACACGCGCCAGGCGGCGACGUGCGCUUGGGCGCUCGCCAAGCUGAGCCACACGCCGCCGCCAGCCGUCAUGAGCGCGCUGCUGUGCCACACCUGCGGCGGCUCUGGCGGAAAGCGCUCCUCUACCUCUUCCCUGGUCUCCGGCAGUGACAGUGCACGUGGCACUGUUGGCAGCGCCGGCCGAAGCGCUGGUACCGGGGGGCUGGCACUGCGGGCAGCUCGGGCGCAGGACCUGUCCAUGCUGGUCUUCGCGCUGGGUGCGCUGCGCUACCGGCCCGAGCAGUCGCAGCAGGCGGUGGCGCUGCUGGCGGCCAUGGCGGCGCGCAUGCACACCGCCAGCGACCAGGACCUGGUGGUGUGGGUGGCCGCCCUCUCGCGCCUGCGCCUGGCAGUACCGGCGGCCUGGGCCGAAGCCAUGGUGCGCCAGACCGCGCCCCGCCUCGACUCGCUGCCGCCACUUGCCCUGGUGAACUGGGUGGCGGCCAUGGCGGAGCUGCAGACCGCGGCCGUGGCUGCGCCUGUCCUGGAAGCUAUGGCGGCCGACCAAGGGCAGCAGGGUGGUGCACAGGACAGGCGGUCGCUGCGCCUCACCAAGGCGAGCAAGGAGGUGCUGUACUGGGAGGGCAAGGCAGCCCGGGCCAAGCAGCAGCAGCAGCGGGGGCAGCAGCAGCAGCACAGCGGGCAAGACCGCCAAGCAGCAGGACCAUGGGUGGUGCUGGCCCUGCCGCCGCGCGGCACGCCCUCACCUGGCGAUGCUCUCGCCGCCGGGCUGGCCCCUGCGACUGCAGAGCUCACGGACCCCAAACAAGCGACCGUGUCUGCCCCCAGCCACAGCCCCUACAGCAAUCGUGCUGUCGACGGCGUGGUGGUGCGGCCCGCGGCAGCACUACUGCGGCCGGUGCUGCUGGCGCGGCUGGCCCGGCUCAGCACGGCGCGGCUUCCGGACCUCGAUCUGGAGGCCACGUGCCGCCUGGCCUGGGCGGCGGCGAGGCUGCGGGUGCGCCCGGGAGCACGCGGCUUGGGGCUGGUGGGCGAUGGCGGCUGGGUGGACACGUUGGUGUCUUCCUCCAUGGAUAAGCUGGAGCGAAGGCUGCAGAUGGCACAGCCUUACGAGCAGGCGCAGCAACAGCCGCAGGUGCAGGCACAGCAGGGGCGGGGACAGGGGCCGCGGCCGGCAGGGUCACAGGGCACGCGCGGUGGGCAGACAGCUGGAUCCGAGCGCACCAUUGUGUCGCCGGCGGUGCCGGUGGUGGGCGCGGAGUGGCUACUCAAGCUUGUAUGGGCGGUGGCGGCGCUACUGCGGCGGCACCGCGCGGGGCUGCACCGGUCGGCGCUGCGGCAGCCGUUGCUGGCGCACCUGUGGAACCAGCGGCUCAGGAUGCGGCAGCAGCUGCGGCUGGCGGGCGUGCCGGUUGAUAAGUCCGUGCUGGUUGCGCUGCGGUCGCCGGUCUUUAAGGCCUGUGCCUCGGCUGAGCUGCCCGCUGGUUGGAGCAGACUGCGCCGCCGGAGAGGAGGCAAGGCUGGCAGGCAGGGGCAGCAUGCUGGUGAGGCAGCGGCAGGGGAGGCGGCGGCGGUCGGCAGCGCUCGGCCGGCGGCGCUGGUGCGGCGGCGCUGGUGCACGCUGCUGAUGGCGGCUCUGUGGCCGCAGCUGGCGUCGCUCUCGAACACGCAGCUGCUGCGGCUGGUAAACGGCAUGGCGGCGCUCUAUGAGAGCGGGCGCACGGAAGGCAGCUUCGGCAGCGUUAGCAACAGCAGUGGCAGUGGCAGCCGCGGCGCUGCUGAUGAUGGCGUGGCCUCAAGCCGAGCAACUGCCGUUUCGAGGCCGCCGCCUGCGGCGAUGCCGCCGCAGCGCCAGCGCAGGAUGGCGGCUGCGCUACAUGAGUACUGCCGGCAGCGGGUGGAGGCGACGUGCGGCGGCGACGACGCGUGCGACGUGACGACUGCGGGGCUGCUGCGGGUCACCAGCGCCUGGCAGGUGGAUGGGACGCACGAGGUGGCAGUUGAGCAAGAGGCAGGUGUAAGGAAGCGUGCGGGAUAACGGGUCGGUCGCCAGGCUGUGGUGUGCGUGCGUUUGCAGGCACGUGGAACAUGGCUCUGCUUCCCUAGCCAUCCACUGAAUGUGGCGCGAGGGUAGGCCAUGUACAGACUAAGAUGAUACUUUAUAAGUCACGUCGGUGCCGCGUUAUGUUAGGGUCUUUAGGGCGGUCAUUGCAGCCGUUCCGAGUUGCACAGUUUGGCAAUUUGGGGCAAAAUGCCCCCCUUUCUGAAAGUGGGCUGUGCAGUGUCACAGUGUGGCAGCAGCUACGGACUGAUAGGUUGUUGCAGACAUGCCCGGCUCAACACGGUAGAUCAGGGUAGACUAUACAUGGGUAACACUCACAUGGGUGGAAAGGUGCGAAUGGCGCACCAAAUGUUCGAUUAUGAAUUGUGAAUAUUGAAUGAACUCAUGAAUGGUGCCCGUAGCUGAUAGAGGUUACAUGUGGGACGACAGCCGUGGACUAAGCCAGGGCCCCAAAAACGUACGAGACACGCACGCUCACCCGAGGAGAGAUCCCCGAAUGACCCCCAUGCUCCUCGCCUCCGGAGAGGGGAGGAACCCCAGGCCCGGCUCACCGCAAACGCUAGCGCUGCUCACUUAAGCCGUGGGUCGGCAUCAUAAGACUACCUCUUGCGAGUCCCUAAGCUGACAAGCUAGGGUGAGGCCGGUGGCGAGUCCGCUGUUGGCCCUACCAAGAUAACCCCUCCAAC